CUUGAAGGGCCCUGGGUGUAGGGAUUGGAAUUACAUCGUAAGUGUCCACUAUAUUAUGGUGCAGUGGUUUUGAUUAAGUGAAAUGUGAUUGGGACGGGAUAUUAUUUAAAAAAUCAUGUUUCAUAUGUUUAGUUCAAUGUUGUUUCACCGAACGAAAUUUGUGCCGGUUUUCUACGUGUUCAUCACUAUUCUACUGCCAACCCAGACCGUGACAGAACGACCCAUACCGAAUGUCGACCCAAUAACAUCGUUUAUGAACUUCGUCGUAGAUGGCACUGACCAACUGGACAACGAACCACCAGAUGUAGUUAAUCUCCUCUCAGAAUAUGACUUCAUAGUCGUCGGAGCUGGCACGGCCGGGUGUGUCCUCGCCAAUCGUCUCAGUGAAAUACCAGAAUGGAAAGUCUUACUCGUCGAAGCUGGAGUGAAUGAAAAUUUUGUUAUGGAUGUACCUUUAGUCGCCAACUAUCUCCAAUUUACACCCGCUAAUUGGAAAUACAAAACAAAACCUUCCAAUAAAUAUUGCGUUGGAUUCGAAAACAAACAAUGUAAUUGGCCACGAGGCAAAGUUGUUGGGGGUUCAAGUGUUUUAAAUUACAUGAUAUACACAAGAGGCACUGCCUAUGAUUACAAUGCCUGGGAAAAUAUGGGAAACGAAGGCUGGGGUUGGGAUGAGGUACUGCCGUAUUUUAGGAAAAUUGAGCAUUUUAAAAUUCCCAAAUUUGAUAACCCUUAUUACCACGGAUAUGAUGGCUACCUCAACGUCGAACACGCACCCUACCGAAGUCCGAAAGCCAAAGCAUGGGUGAAAGCAGCGAAAGAAUAUGGUUUUACAUACGGUGAUCAUAAUGGACCUAACCCAACGGGCGUGUCUUAUUUACAGCUGUCAAUGAAAAAUGGUACAAGGCAUAGUUCUAGUAGAGCAUAUUUGCACCCAAUAAACGGAAGGCCAAACCUCCAUUUGACCAAAGGAUCUAUGGUUACUAAACUCAUUUUUGAUGAUGCUAUGACCAAAGUAAUAGGCGUAGAGUUAGAAAAACACAACAGAAAAUAUAAGAUACUCGCAAAUAAAGAAGUCAUUUUAUCAGCAGGCGCAAUAAACUCUCCUCAACUACUAAUGCUUUCGGGCAUAGGACCAAAAAGCCAUCUUGAAUCAAAUAAGAUACCAGUAGUGAGAGAUUUGCCAGUUGGAUACAAUCUGAUGGAUCAUAUUGCUGCUGGUGCAUUACAUUUCGUAGUUAAUAAUCAAAAUGUUUCCCUGAGGACUGAAUAUUUACUAAAUCAUUUAGAAAUAGUUUUCAAUUGGAUGAAAACACACAAAGGACCGCUGUCACUCCCGGGUGGUUGUGAAGCGCUAGCAUUUAUGGAUUUGAAAGACAAAUUCAACACGACAGGGUGGCCCGACAUGGAAUUACUAUUCGUUGGUGGAGGUCUGAAUUUUGACCCAUUGUUACCUCGUAAUUUUGGAUUCGACGAGCAAAUAUAUACGGAUACCUUUGGACCGUUGGGCAGAGCGGAAACAUUUAUGGUUUUCCCUAUGUUGAUGCGCCCAAAAUCCAAAGGUAGAGUGAUGUUACAAAGUAGGAACCCUAAGGUGCAUCCAACAAUAAUCCCAAACUACUUUGACGAUCCGGAAGACUUACAGAAAAUCGUAGAAGGAAUCAAAUUGGCUAUAGAAAUAUCGAGACAACCUGCUAUGAAGAAAGUCGGAACUAAAUUAUAUGACGUGCCUAUUGAAGAUUGUUUAGAGUAUGGUCCAUUUGGAAGCGAUGCGUAUUUUGCGUGUCAGGCACAAAUGUUUACUUUUACAAUUUAUCAUCAAAGUGGUACUUGUAAAAUGGGUGUGAAAGGUGAUCCUACGGCGGUGGUAGACCAUAGGUUAAAAGUCCAUAAUAUAGAUCGAUUAAGAGUAAUAGAUGCUAGCAUUAUGCCAGAAAUAGUUUCAAGUCACACAAAUGCUCCAGUUUACAUGAUAGCUGAAAAGGGUGCAGACAUGAUAAAGCAAGACUGGGGUCAUUAAAUCAUGUUAGAUCUAAUCCGUGGGAUCAUCUAAAAUAGGUUUAGCUUUAAUUAGAAAAUAUUCUAGGUUAAGGAGAAGCAAUACUGUGAUGUAAAUUAUAUUGCAAUGGGAUUAUUAAUUUAUUCUUCAACAUUAUCCAUAAAUUUAAGAACUGAAUAAAUAAAAUAAUAUUUUA